AUGCUCGCCGUGCGAAACCUCGCCCGCAGCGCCCCGCGAUCAGCAGCCCGCCUCUCCACCAAGGCUGUCCGCCAGCCUUCGUUGUUGCGCCAGAGCACCGCUUUCCAGCCAGCAUGGACGCCCGCCAUCCCAAGACUCACAUGCGCCUUCUCCAUUUCGGCGCGGAGACAAGAGAGCACUGCUGUCAAUGACGAGCUGGUCGCAAAACUCCAGAGCGAAAUCGCCAUGGAGGAGGAUAUGAAGGAGGACGACGAUCUCUCUGCAAACAUCAAGGAGUACCUGGAGAACAGCCCUUUUGAGAUUGAAGACCGGCCCGGCCACCAGGAGGUCGUUCUGACGCGCACCUUUGGUGACGAGAAGAUUCGCCUCACAUUCAGCACCGCCGACCUCAACAACAACGGGCCCGAAGAGGAGCUUGCUGAAGACGGUGCCAUGUACGAUGAUGCCGACAUCGAGGGCCAGUCAGGUGGCGCCAACACCAAGGGCGCCAUCAACCAGGGCAGGACACAGGAUGGCAAUGUACGCGUCGCACCCGAGGACCGUGUUUCGCCUGCUGACCGUGAGGAGCUCGAGGAUGACUACGAGGACGAUGGCCAGCAGCAGGGCUUCCCUGCCCACGCCAGCAUCCGCAUCGAGCGCCCUGGCAAGGGUGCGCUUUCCAUCGAGGCCACCGCUCAAGAUGGCGAUUUCCUGAUCGAGGACCUCGUAUACUUCCCCUCUGCCGACCUCGCUGACCCGGCCACCGCUGAGAAGGACUGGCAAAGGCGAACGCUCUACACCGGCCCUCCCUUCAACAACCUCGACGAAGACCUACAGAUCUUGCUCGAGAAGUAUCUCGAGGAGCGCGGCAUCAACACCCGCCUGGCCCUCUUCAUUCCCGACUACAUAGACCAAAAAGAGCAGAAGGAGUACAUCAGAUGGUUGAACAAUGUCAAGAGCUUUGUUGAGUAA